UAUUUUUUGUUAGUUUGGACAGUGAUUCUGAGAUGAAUGAUGCGUGCUCGAUUUCUUCGGUCUGAAUCGGUGAUCAGCUCGUCUGUCCUGACUUCUGUCAGCACGUGUGAUUCUAGCAGCAGCAUUUUUGGAUACUGUGUGUUUUGAACUAUGGAAUUGCUGGAGUCCCGGAUCCCACCAAAGGAAAGCGCUCUUUUGGGAGUUGAGUCUUCAGAUAGUACGAAAGCAGAGGCCUUCACCAAAGCGUUCCUGAAAAAUAGCCUUUCCCAAAUGAAAGAUGCAGCCAUUGAGGAGAUGAUGUUGCACAAGGCGGUAGUACUGGAAUAUAAGAGACCGAAAAAGAAGGGAAAGAAAAGGAAGGCCAAGGGACUGAAUGCCAAAGAAAGAAGACGGCUAAAAUUAUUCCAGCUCAAACCUGAACAUCAAAAAUAUGAACUCUUCUUGCCUCUGCAUGAGCUAUGGAAACAGUACAUUGAGGACCUAUGCAAUGGAUUGAAACCAGGAAGCAACCCACAGAUGAUCCAGCAGAAGCUCGUGAAAGCUGAUUUCCAUGGUGCAAUCUUAACAGUUGUCAGAUCAAAAUGCCCCUCGUAUGUGGGUCUCACUGGCAUCUUGGUACAGGAAAUGAAGCACAUCUUCAAAAUCAUCACAAAAGAGGACAAACUAAAAGUAAUACCGAAGAGGAAAAGUGUGUUCAGUGUGGAAAUUGGUGAUUUUGUAACUCACAUCUAUGGCAGUACAUUUGAACUGCGCUCCAGUGAGCGGUCAGCAAAGAAAUUCAAAGUAAAAGGAACUAUUGACUUGUAAUGGAAAGUCUUAAACGUUGUCUCAUUUUUAACUGUGGGCUGGUACUGGAGCCUGGGAGACUAUCAGGAGCAGACGCUCAAUCAUUAUGGAUAUGGGGGGGAUAGGAGGAAUAAACCUUGACCUUGUUUUCUCUCUCUCUUCUCUCUUUAAACGAUCCCUGGUACCUGCCACUUCCUUAUAUUAUACAAAACUCUUUGGCUAUGACCUCAUUUAGUCAACAAGGGUAGUCAGCACUGCAAAUGCACUAAAAAUGAAAAAGAAACUAAUAAUUCAUUAGUACCAAAUCCCAUUACUUCAGUAUGACAAUAGAUCCACAAGUAUGUUUAUAUUGCACAAUUAUUUCCCAUGGUGGGAGGCAUUUAAGUAGGUUCUAAAAUGUUAAAGUUGUAUAAAAUAAGCAAAGUAUUGUUAGAUGCAGUAUCUUCAGUGUACUUGAAUGAGCACAGGAUCACAGGAGUUCAAAGUGUACACUGAGUUAGUGUGAUUUUGAAGUUGUGGUUCUGUUUCAGUGGUCUAUAUGUCGUAAUCUUUGCCUGCUUACAAAACAAGGAACUUAUUUUUUCCCUCUGUGAACCUAGACCUGAUUCUUGGAGACUUGGUCAUGUUUUUUUUCCUUCAAGUGACUCAUCAAUGCCUCUUCUGGUAAUGCCAGGGAGACUCCACAUUCCUAGACUCGGAACAGGUUUUGCAAUUAAAGGGAUAGUUCAUCCAAAAAUGAAAAUGUUGUCAUUUACUCACCCUCAAGUUGUUUUAAACCUGUAUGAGUUUCUUCUGCUGAAGACAAAAGAAGAUAUUUUGAAGAAUGUGGGUGACCAAACCAUUCAUUGUCCCCAUUGAGUUCCAUAGUAUAUUAUGGCGGUCAAUGGGGACCAGAAACUGGUUACCGACAUUCUUCAAAAUAUCAUCUUUUGCGUUCAGACGAAAAAGAACUUCAUACAGGUUUAGAGGGUGAGUAAAUGGUGAGAUUUUUUUUCUAGUUUUGGGUGAACUAUCCCUUUAAGUACGUACGAGUUUGUUACUAACUAUAUUAGCUUAGAAAAAUUAUUUUGCAUUCAGUGCUGAGAGCAUAGUACAGAUUUUGGCAGCAGUGUCUGAAUUAAAGGAAGCUGAAAACAUCAACUG